AUGGUGGUGGCUGGGACGAUGGUGGUGGCGGGGACGAUGGUGGUGAAAAGGACGAUGGUGCUAAUGACCCGAAAAAACAAGGAAAGGUUUAUUAGAAGGGUAUUUGCGACACUUCACCAGUUAAAGAAUUGGGCUUACAAAACAGAAAUUGCGAAAGGUUACGUCAUUGUGACCCAACGAACGGUAACAAAAGGUGAAGAUUCGUCAGCAAGGACAGUGAAGAUAUGGUUGCAAUGCGACCGUGGAGGCACACGCAAAAGUAAAGCAACAGUUCGGUGUUCUGGUAGCAAGAAGAUUGGGUGUCCUUUUAAAAUGAUAGGGAAACUAGACGCAAGUAGUGGCAAUUGGAGCUUAGUGGUGAAGCAAAAGGAUCAUAACCAUGAGCCUGCGGUAUUUCUCGAGGGUCACGCGUUUGCAAGAAGGUUGACCCCAGACGAAGAAUUAUUGGUAGAGAGACUUUAUAUUCAAAACAUGGAGCCUACAAACAUAUAUUUAACCAUAAGAAAACAAAACCCACAGAGCGUGUGCAUUCUACGAGACAUACAAAACGUGAUGAAAAAGAUUAAAGUCAAAAUGUACGGUGAUCGGACUCCAAUUCAGAUAUUGGAGCAAAUGUUGCAUGAAGGAAGGUAUGUUUACCACACCCGGGUGAAUCCCGAAACAAAUGCGGUCGAGGAGGUUUUUUUUGUUCAUCGGUACUCGUACGAUAUGUGGCGUGCUUUCCCACAUGUGUUGAUGAUUGAUACCACUUACAAAACUAAUGAGUAUAGACUUCCAUUUGUUCAAAUUGUGGGUGUGACAUCGACACACAAGUCGUUUUGUGUCGCUCAUGCUUUUAUCUCUUAA